AUCACCCUCCUCUGUCCUGUCCUUGGCCCCUGGAACGCACCCUCUACCCCCUACACCAACCCCCUUCCCCCCUCCUGGGUCUACCCCCCCUGCUCCUCCCACCCCAGCCCUGUCCUGUGGUCCCCCCGGCCCCCCACCACGUCUGCGGAGUGGGUGCCGGCCCCCUCCCCUGGGGGCACCAGUGAGGAGCUGAAUGAGCCUCUGGACAAGCCUCUGGAGAACGAUGCGGAGGGCGUGUGGAGCCCCGACAUCGAGCAGAGCUUCCAGGAGGCCCUGGCCAUCUACCCGCCCUGCGGACGCAGGAAGAUCAUCCUCUCCGAUGAGGGAAAGAUGUACGGUACGCCCCACCCUUUUCCAUCUAUUCCCCGGUGUUAUGUGACGACUCUGCUGUCCUCUCACUCUUAUAUGGACACACUGUCUCAGGCGCUGUCCCUUGAUGUGCAAUAUAUUUCCUUAUUUCUGGUCAUAUUUGAACGGAGCGCUGUCCCUCACACAUUUGUGUGACCUUUAUGUACAAAUACACAUGCACACACCCAAUCACUAUCUUCAUGUUUCAGAGCACUCUUGUUCAAACCACACAGCUGCCCAUUUUUUUAAUGUAGUUCUGUCCUUGAGCUGUUCUUGUCUAUUAAUGUUCUGUAUUAUGUCAUGUUUCAUGUUUUGUGUGGACCCCAGGAAGAGUAGCUGCUGAUUUUGCAACAGCUAAUGGGGAUCCUAAUAAAAUGCCAAAAUACCAGACCUCUUCCCUCGUGGCUGAGUAGCGUGUGAUGGCACGAUUGAUGUGUACCCUCUCCUCUCCAUGUUGCUGCUCCCACUCUGAUUGAUACUUCACAGAAUCUGCUUAACUUCCCUCCCUCUCUUUUAAGUGUUGUAGUCCAAUGAAAGUGAAGAACAAAAAUGGAGAAGUUAUACACUGAGUGUACAAAAUAUUAGGAACACCUGCUCUUUCCAUGACAGACUGAACAGGUGAAUCCAGGUGAAAGCUAUAAUCCCUUAUUGAUGUCACCUGUUAACACACUUCAAUCAGUGUAGAUGAAGGGAAGGAGACAGGUUAAAGAAGGAUUUUUAAGACUUGAGAAUAUUGAGACAUGGAUUGUGUAUGUGUGCCAUUUAUAGAGUGAAUGGGCAAGACAAAAUAUUUUGAACGGGGUAUUAUAGUAGGUGCCAGGCACACCGGUUUGUGUCAAGAACUAAAACAAUGCUGGGUUUUUCCGCUCAACAGUUUUUCCCGUGUGUAUCAAGAAUGGUCCACCAUCCAAAGGACAUCCAGCCAAGUUCACACAACUGUGGGAAGGAUUGGAGUCAACAUGGGCCAGCAUCCCUGUGGAACGCUUUCGAAGAAUUUAGGCUGUUCUGAGGGCAAAGGGGGGUGCAACUCAAUAUUAAGAAGGUGUUCCUAAUGUUUUGUACACUCAGCGUAUGUCGUGAUGAGGUCAAAUAUUUAGGUAAGAAGUGUUUUGUGGCGCAGCGGUCUAAGGCUUGAAGCGUCGCUACAGACCCGGGUUCGAUCCCAGGCUGUGUCACAACCGGCCGUGACCGGGAGUCACAUAGGGAGCCGCACAAUUGGCCCAGCGUCGUCCGGGUUAGGGGAGGGUUUUGGCCGGGGGUGCUUUACUUGGCUCAUCGCGCUCUAGCGACUCCUUGUGGUGAGCCGGGCUCCUGCAGGCUGACUUCGGUCGUCAGUUGAACAGUGUUUCCUCCGACACAUUGGUGCGGCUGGCUUCCGGGUUAAGCGGGCGGGUGUUAAGGAGCGCGGUUUGGCGGGUCAUGUUUCGGAGGACGCAUGACUCGACCUUCGCCUCUCCCGAGCCCAUUGGGGAGUUGCAGCGAUGAGACAAGAUCGAAAUUGGGGAGAAAAAAAGAGGUGAAAUAAAAAAAGGCGUGUUUUGUAGACAAAGAAGGAUUGUAUUGUCUACCAUAAAAAUGCUAAUAGUAUAGAGUGCUUAUAGACCCUUCAGAAAGUCAUACAAUGACUAUAGGCCACACUAUGUGUUGCUGAUAGAUGUCUGAUAAAAUAUGGCUUGCUGAUACAGUGAGGGAAAAAAGUAUUUGAUCCCCUGCUGAUUUUGUACGUUUGCCCACUGACAAUGACAUGAUUAGUCUAUCAUUUUAAUGGUAGGUUUAUUUGAACAGUGAGAGACAGAAUAACAACAAAAAAAUCCAGAAAAACGCAUGUCAAAAAUGUUAUAAAUUGAUUUGCAUUUUAAUGAGGGAAAUAAGUAUUUGACCCCCUCUCAAUCAGAAAGAUGUCUGGCUCCCAGGUGUCUUUUAUACAGGUAACAAGCUGAGAUUAGGAGCACACUAUCUCAGCUUGUUACCUGUAUAAAAGACACCUGUCCACAGAAGCAAUCAAUCAAUCAGAUUCCAAACUCUCCACCAUGGCCAAGACCAAAGAGCUCUCCAAGGAUGUCAGGGACAAGAUUGUAGACCUACACAAGGCUGGAAUGGGCUACAAGACCAUCGCCAAGCAGCUUGGUGAGAAGGUGACAACAGUUGGUGCGAUUAUUCGCAAAUGGAAGAAACACAAAAGCACUGUUAAUCUCCCUCGGCCUGGGGCUCCAUGCAAGAUCUCUGCUCGUGGAGUUGCAAUGAUCAUGAGAACGGUGAGGAAUCAGCCCAGAACUACACGGGAGGAUCUUGUCAAUGAUCUCAAGGCAGCUGGGACCAUAGUCAUCAAGAAAACAAUUGGUAACACACUACGCCGUGAAGGACUGAAAUCCUGCAGCGCCCGCAAGGUCCCCCUGCUCAAGAAAGCACAUAUACAGGCCCGUCUGAAGUUUGCCAAUGAACAUCUGAAUGAUUCAGAGGAGAACUGGAUGAAAGUGUUGUGAUUAGAUGAGACCAAAAUCGAGCUCUUUGGCAUCAACUCAACUCGCCGUGUUUGGAGGAGGAGGAAUGUUGCCUAUGACCCCAAGAACACCAUCCCCACCGUCAAACAUGGAGGUGGAAACAUUAUGCUUUGGGGGUGUUUUUCUGCUAAGGGGACAGGACAACUUCACUGCAUCAAAGGGACGAUGGACGGGGCCAUGUACUGUCAAAUCUUGUGUGAGAACCUCCUUCCCUCAGCCAGGGCAUUGAAAAUGGGUCGUGGAUGCGUAAUCCAGCAUGACAAUGACCCAAAACACACGGCCAAGGCAAGAAAGGAGUGGCUCAAGAAGAAGCACAUUAAGGUCCUGGAGUGGCGUAGCCAGUCUCCAGACCUUAAUUCCAUAGAAAAUCUGUGGAGAGAGCUGAAGCUUCGAGUUGCCAAAUGUCAGCCUCGAAACCUUAAUGACUUGGAGAAGAUCUGCAAAGAGGAGUGGGACAAAAUCCCUCCUGAGAUGUGUGCAAACCUGGUGGCCAACUACAAGAACAGUCUGACCUCUGUGAUUGCCAACAAGGGUUUUGCCAACAAGUACUAAAUCAUGUUUUGCAGAGGGGUCAAAUACUUAUUUCCCUCAUUAAAUUGCAAACCAAUUUAUGACAUUUUUGACAUGCAUUUUUCUGGAUUUUUUUGUUGUUAUUCUGUCUCUCACUGUUCAAAUAAACCUACUUUUAAAAUUAUAGACUGAUCAUGUCUUUGUCAGUGGGCAAACAUACAAAAUCAGCAGGGGAUCAAAUACUUUUUUCCCUCACUGUAGCUCGUCUGCUUGACUGUUUGAUAACGGAUCCGGAUCACCGGUGGUGGAAAAGCGAGGGGCCCAAACAGAAUAGAUGGUUGUGUGCUUAUCAGACGCGGUCUGCCAUCGCCCCUGUCACUGCGCCAGCUCCUCUAGCCAUUAGCCAUUAGCCACACACUAGGCUAGGCUAGCUAGGCCCAGCGAGGUCACAGCCGUCCCCUGAUCAACUCUAAACCCUUAUAAAGCCUGCAAUAAUGGGGCAGAGGAGAGAGGGUAGGUGUCACAUUCUGUGUCAUGGGGAAAAGAGGGGGAGGGAAGGGUGGUGAGGGCUGGGGGUGGGCGCUGAGGUACCCCUUCCUCCCCAUGGGGGUCAGGGGCGGGUGAUGUGCACCAGGGAGCACGAUGGCCCGUUAGGAAUGGUAUGCGUUUGGAGCCGGGGUUCAAGGCAGCUCUGCUGCAACCCUAUACCAGAAUAGACGUUUACCCUUUGAGUGGGAGGAAUAAAUAAACACCAAGGUAGCGGCGGUGUCUUGUGGGGCACUCGCGCUCUGCACCUGUCCCUGUUGUGUGUCUUUAUGCCUCCCUCCUCUGUUCCCUGCUAUUUCUGUCAUUUACCAGCCCCUCAUGCACUCUGUCCCCCUUCCACAUCCCUCACACACGAACACACACACACCGUAGGCCCUGCCAGAGUCCCCCCUCCAGGUCUGUCCGUCAGUCUGUCAGUGGGUCUGGCUGCCUUUCAGCUAACCUCCAGCUGCUCCCCAAGUUCACCCCAGCCUCGCAGCAUCGCGGCCAGCCCAGAUUUACAACAUGAGACAAGACUAAGCACGUAGCCCCCCCCCUUCCACCCCACCAGCUCUGUCAGGGUCACCGACAGCCCUUUUGACACUUUGCUACAACUCAACUAAUUUCAACCUAAAGCUAUGUGACUCAUUCUCAUGUUGAGGUUUUGAACAGAAGUAAAUUGUUAGGCUACAUUAAGUGAGAGGAAAACCUAUGAAAAUAUGUCUAUUUAAGAUGUCUAUGUAACAAGGUUCCUAUAGGGAGAACUCAGGAAUGUAGAGUAUGUGUUGGAUUUCCUCUCUACAACACAGACUGAGGUUCAUUUCAGAGGCAACAACGCCAUACUAAGAUGGCAAACCGUUAAUUGGAUGGUAUGUGUGUGAAUCCUCUUCAAUCCAUUGUAAAUUCUUAUAUUGAGAGGAAUGUUUUUGUCUCAUAUUUCCUCAUGCAUUCCUGGCAUUCUUCUCGUAAUAGUCUGCAAAGCGCUGGCCAUCAUGCCUAUUACACAUUGAAGUUAGUAGCUCGCCUAUUAAGACAGUGUCACGGAUAUUGUGCCGUUUGUUUGUGCGGCGGUCAGUCAUUCAACAUGCAUUGCCAAUGAAAACAUUUACUAUCUUCCAUGGGUCCCUGUUGUGCUAGGCCCCAUUGGACUUACGGCCGGUGUGUAAAGUAACAGGGAUCCACCGGGUAGAAUGGCUUUUCAGAGCCGGGAUGACAAAUGAUGUGUGUUAUAAAGGAGGAUAGAGGGACAGUUGGAUAAGUGCUUUGUCCCAAGGUAUAGGAUACCCAUAUAGGCCGUAUAUGAAGUGGAAAUGUGAUCAUGUUGGCUGUUUAUUCACAGUGAUUGGAUAAUCAGACAUAACUCUUCUUGUAAUCCCUUUUAUUAUUUACAUAAUCAAAAAUUGUGUCUUGACUUAUGCCUAAUGCAAAAAUAACUGACAUUAUCAUAUUUUGUUCAGUCAUUAUGUUCUUUCACACCUGCUCUCCCUCUAUAACACCUAUUGUGAAAAUCUGUUUUCCCUGUCCUUCAUUGCAAGGAUUUUAUUGCCUAUAAACAUGUUGAUGUGUUUGUCUGUCUUGCGUACAAAGCCAAAGUGCCCUGCAAGCAGAGAGCAGCAGUUUUUUCUGUCAGCUCAACCCUCAUUAAUAACAGUGUGUGAUGUAAAGGAAAGGCCCAAUGGAAAGAAAUAGUUAUCCUCCUCACCCAGGUCCCAACUUUCCCAGUCAAGUGAGAGAUUCACUGACAGAAGGCUGUGUGUGGCCAGUAGCCUUUUGAUAAAGUGCUUGUGUGUUAUGUUUUUUAGUCUUUGCAGCUGAGAGGACACAGAGUUCUCUGUACAGUCAUCAUAUCAUUGCUGAGUCUCCACAGUGUGUACUAGGGCAGUGGGGUCACUGUCUCCAGAGAGAGUACUUGAGAAGGAAUGGCCAGGUCAGGGGGUUGCGGGGUAGUGAGUGGGUAGUGGCGUGUGUGUGAGGCUGUGAGUGGACACUGGCGGGGGUCACCUGAGCCCCCCUGAGGCUGGGGCGGUGCUCAGGGGGACAGCCCUCACAUGGGAGGGUCCUGAGUCUAAACCAGACCCUGGCUGUAACCCUAGCCCCUGUCUUGACCUUCACUCUCACCUGUGAUAGGAUCCCCUAAGGGACUUUGAAGGAACCAUCACUGCCUUUCUGCUAAGGUGCCUCUGGAAUUCAGACAUGGCUGUCUGCUUGGCUCUGACAUGAAUCUCAUUAUAGGGCCCUGAUCGAGCGCUCUCUCCCAUAAACUUAUUCCAAGAUCUAACAUGACUGGAUAAAUAAAAGCUAUGUAAUGGAACCCCUUGCCCUUGCUUACACCUAUCCAAUGGUGGUAAGUCAGUGAUUACUUUUAGGAUAUAUUCAAACGGGAGGAGAUGGGGAGAAAUUAUGUAACCAGUGGAGAGAUGCAUACUGUACUGUAUGGCCAGGAUUCACUUCAAUCAAAUGAAACUGACAGUAAACAGUCAGCUACUGCUGUUACCAUGGUAACACCUCUGAAUGAAUCGCAAUGCUAUGUGGACGUACCUUUAAAUCCUGUUUACAUUACAGGGACUGCACGGUAUCAGACAGUGUCAAUGAGAGAGGGGUGAAAUAGCAGAGUGGCUUCAGAGACAGGCCUGUUCGUCGGGAGUCUCCACGCCACUCUGCUCGGCUCACUAUCCUAUCGGAGGGGAAAUCGCACCCUGCCAACACAUUCCUGCGGCCUAAAUGUGACUGUUGUUCUCGCCCACAGACAGAGAGGCACAUGUGCUUGCGGAAGCCGUAUGGCUGGAAGACGUGUGUUCAGAGAGGGGCUCGCUGUGUGUGUGUGUGUGCUCCCUGGCUGGCAUGGUUGGCGGCCUCCUAUCGAUCCCAUGGAUUGCCACUGUUCAGAAUAGAUAGAGAGUAGAUGUAAGAAGCUGAGUCCUCUGUUGUCGUCUGUGCUGGAGUCUGGGUUGGCUAGCCAGCCUGGGAUGGCUAUGUGCUAAGGUGUGAGUCGAUGUCCUCUAGGCAGGGUCAUGAGGGUGUGAGUGUUUGUGCACAAGGGUCAAAGGGUGUAGUUGCGUGCACUCACACACACAACCACACACACCCAACCCAGUACGCCUCCAUGAGGCAGGUAGCAUUAAAGGGAACAGAUGCAUGGCCGGUGCUGCAGCAUGCAGGGCUGUCAGUGUGUUGGUAUGUGAGGAAUGCUCUGGGGAGGAUAGAGCUCAGAGAGCAGGGUCGGCCGUUUAGGGCCAGAGAGGAACCCAGCCUUCUGAGAAGAGGCAUAUGUAUGACAGGGAGGGAGGGGAGGGCUGCACCUUCACGUGACACAGCCUGCAACCAUCACCAACCCCUCUGACCUUUCCCUGACCCCAACAAACAGAGCUGGAGGGGGACGGUGGGGAGAGGGUGAGAGGGAAAAGGGGCGAGGGGGAGACCAGCUCUCCCAGAUGGUCCCAGAGCCGGACGAGUAGAUUAUUGUUGUUGUGGUCGGUUACUGACUGCUCUUGAGAACUUACACAGGGUCCUUUGACCUGAUCCCAGUCCCUGACGCUUUAACCUUAAACACUGAGAGAGAGCUACACAACUCAAACUGGCCUUGGACCAGUGGUUAAGGACAUGCUGUGCCUGCAAUGCAAUGAGUAGACCGGGGUCAGGUUCUGUCUCUGUCUGUCACCCACUCUGGAUCCUUCCCAGUGGACACGAUCACACGAUGAUGACCUCAUCAUUGUGUGACUGACCGACUCCUUCUGUGAUCUCGCACUUGUGUCUGAAUAUAUUUAAAUCAUACCACCCGUCCAUUUCUAGGAGUGGCAGGGACAUCUGAUAUAAAGACCAGCCUCUUAACAGCUCAUUAAUGACUUGGUGUAAUGGUCACAAAUACAGUAUGCUAAUUUUGAAUGGACUGGGAGGAUGCCAUGUGUGUACAGACUUUUUGUGACAGUAUGUGAGCAUAAUGCUGAAUCAUGGCUCAAAUUAUUUAUAAGCACAAUGCCGAAAAUCAAGAUUCCACUCUCAAUGAAUGAAAGAGAUCAAUAUCAAUAGUUAAGGUGAAAAAAAUUGUCAGAACUUUCGUAAGUUAUUGAAAAUAGUGUAAAAAUAUGUUUUUUUAAAUAAAAUUACAAAUAAAAUAUUUAAAAGGUACGGUAUCUGGAAGUCUUUCGGAACAACACAGCACUUACAAAGUUAGACGAAGAUGGAACAUAAUGUAGUGGUUUCCUCCAGUACAUGUGGAGUGAAGUGUACUGUACUCGCAUGUCUGUUACUUUUUAAGAAGCCUACAUGUACUUUUACUAACAAUGUGCUUUCUAAAUGAUUAACUACUGGUGGUAUCUAGAGUAACUUGCAAGUUGCAACUGAAUAAUGGGAACUUAAUAUUAAAGUUGCCUUGUUCAUUUGAGGUCAGGAAAUAAGAGAAAGCUCUCUGCCUUCACCGUUAUACCGUGUAGUCCAUCACCUGACAAAACAUCUCUACGGCAUCCAGAAGUCACCCCAGUGACCUCACAAAAAGUAUUCGCCUGCCUUAAGUCAGCGUCUGCAAAGUGCACAAGAAAUGUGGUACACGUUUUUAAUCCAAAGGGAUUAAAGAAAUAUGUAUUUAGAUGCUUAAACAAUCGGCGAGCGAGUGCACCUUCCGAUAAACACUGAACACUUGAGCAGUUCCAGCACAGAAAUUAAAAUAAGAUUGAGGGUGAAUGAGUGCCGUGACUGGGCCUUGUGUGGAGGCAGACGGAGACUGAGAGAAGGGUUUAAAUCCACAAAAGCCUGACACAAAGGGAGCCCUACAGCUCUGUGUGUGUGUGUGUGCAUGUAAGCGCUCGUGUGUGUGAAGAGGUUAGCAUCGCCCUUCUUCAUUUUCCUCCUUUGUGAACACAUGUCUCCACUUACAUUUUAGUCAUUUAGCAGACGCUCUUAUCCAGAGCGACUUACAGUUAGUGAGUGCAUACAUUUUCAUACUGGCCCCCCGGCCCCCCGUGGGAAACGAACCCACAACCUUGGCAUUGCAAGCGCCAUGCUCUACCAACUGAGCUACACGGGGCCACUUCACAGAUAACCAUCACCGCCAAAUUCACCGCAAUACCCUCUGAUGCAUACAGCUGCUACUUUCAUAAGUCAGACGUUUGCCUGCAGUGGACUAGUCCCCUAUUAAACUUGAAUAUUUUGAGAGAUUGAUUAGUGGAAAGUUAUGUCUGAACAAACACAGUCUGCUAGAACCUUAUCCCCACCAGUGUGGCUCAGAGGAGGGCUGGAGAAACAAUGUUUUGCAUUCCACUCGGCGUGUGCGUCCCAAAUGGCACCCUAUUCCCUAUAUAGUGCACUACUGUUGACCAGGGCUUGUCAAAAGUGGUGCACUAUAUAGGGAGUAUAGGGUGCCAAUUGGGACGCAACCUGAAUCUGAUCACUUUUAUCGCCUGCCAGUGUUCUGGGCUCCUUAGGGUUCGGGUUGCCUUUCCUCAACCCAACCGGGCGUUCUGAUUGGUCAGUGGCGUAGGGCAUCACUAUGUGAGGAAAGUCUUACGCUGGUUGUUCCAGGUUGCGAUGUGUGACUGAUCUCUGUGUUAAUUCACAUGGAGAUGUGGUGUGAGAACGAAAAAUGACAGUGUUUAAGAGGUGGUGCAAACUCUACCAAUAGAUGGCUGGGUGGCUGGCUGAGUGUGUGUCUGUGCAUGCCAUAGACGUGCGUCCCAUCCCAUCAAGUGCGACUGUGCGUGCAUGUGCGCGUGUGUGUAUGUGCAGGGCCAAGAAGAGAGGUGAGAGGUCACAUGACCAAGUCCCUUGCCCUGAAACCAUAACCUUGAUGGUGGAACAAGCCCAAGAUUUACUGCAGGCGUAAAGGCAUAUUCUAUAAACAUUGACACACACACCAGCUGCCGAGCAGCCUCUCCAGGCCUCCUUCAUCGCUCCCUGUGGCCGUGGCGUGUCUGUUCGGAGCACGGCUGCUAUACCCCUUCACCUGCUCAGCCACUGUGACCUGUCUGUCAGCAGCACAGCCCCACAGGACACACAGACCAGGGCAAGCACACACACACACUUGCGCUGUUACACACACGCAUGGCCUUAAACAUUUACACAUACACACAUUACACCAAUACACACACAUACAGGUAACAUGAGUACACAAACUCACACACCCCUCCCACCUCUGCAGCUGAUUUGCCCAGCCAGGCACGAUGAGUUAGCUUCAGUAAACAUUUUAAUUCCUGCUGGUUAAAACAUCCUCAUCAUCUACAGUACCUUAUCAUCCCGUAUCUUACUGACACCCAGCUUGUUGUAUUUAACUGCAUUAAACUAGGAUUUACACUGUUGGACCAUAUCACUAUGAAAAAAUAAACAAAAUCAAACUUUGCAUCUAAACAAAUAUCACCUUUUAAACUGGUUAAUUUGCAUUUUCUUCAUGCCAUUAAAAAUAAAAUCUAAAUCAAUGUCAAAACUAAAAUGUAUAUUGUCUGGCUUACAGGACGGAAUGAGCUGAUAGCACGGUACAUCAAGCUACGCACAGGGAAGACGCGGACAAGAAAGCAGGUGAGUUUCACGUAGCACCAAUCCACUCCUGCUCUACAUGUUCCGAGCCCUUUCUCCCGAACCAUGUGCACCCCUUACACAACCCACCCACCCCAUGUCUGUCCAAGCUGUCUGUGCUCCAAUCAGAGGCAAAAAAAAAGACAGAGGGAGAAGACCAUAGCAUAGCCAUGACAGGGGGAAGUGAUGCUGCCUUCACUCCUAAACUGUCCCCGAGCCCUAGCCCCCUUCUCACGCUGAAAUGGGCCUCUGCUGAGUGAUUUAGAGGGCCGGGGCCCAAUGUGCAGAUGCUAUAGGAUCAGAUGACGGUGUGUUUUUUCACCACCUCACGUAGCACAUAGCCCAGCCUCGUUAGGAGAGCAAGAAGCCGGCCAAUACAGGAUCUUUACGGCAGAGAGGACGCUGUAUAGGGCUGGAUGAGGCAGGGAUUUGGAACCCUAUCUGGGACAAUUUGAUAUGGAGUGACUGACUGACGUGUUGGCACGGACUGAUGUUGCAUUACAUGGAGAGAGAGGGAGAGGGGUUUCAUCUUUGAGCCCUUAUGUGAUGAUGGGAUGGGGGUAAAGAGGGAGAGGGGUUGGGGUUGACAUUGAGUUGAGGAAGGGUCUAGCAAUGGCCAGGGCCAAAGGUAUAUGGACACCUGCUUGUCGAACAUCUCAUUCCAAAAUCAUGGGCAUUAAUAUGGAGUUGGUCCCCCCUUUGCUGCUACAACAAUUUACGAUUUCCCUUCAUUGGAACUAAGGGGCCUAGCCCAACCCAUGAAAAACAGCCCCAGAUCAUUAUUCCUCCUACACCAAACUUUAUAGUUGGCACUAUGCAUUCGGGCAGGUAGCGUUCUCCUGGUAUCCGUCAAACCCAGAUUUGUCCGUCGGACUGCCAGAUGGUGAAGCGUGAUUCAUCACUCCAGAGAACGCAUUUCCACUGCUCCAGAGUCCAAUGGCGGCGAGCUUUACACCACUCCAGCCGACGCUUUGCAUUGUGCAUGGUGAUCUUAGGCUUGUGUGCGACUGCUCGGCCAUGGAAACCCAUUUCAUGAAGCUCCCGAUGAACAGUUCUUGUGCUGACGUUGCUUCCAGAGGCAGUUUGGAAAUUCGGUAGUAAGUGUUGCAACCGAGGACAGACGCUAUGUGCUUCAGCACUCGGCGGUCCCGUUCUGUGAGCUUGUGUGGCCUACCACUUCGUGGCUGAGCCGUUGUUGCUCCUAAACAUUUCCACUUCACAAUAACAGCACUUGCAGUUGACUGGGGCAGCUUUAGCAGGGCAGAAAGUUGACAAACUGACUUGUUGGUUAGGUGUCAUCCUAUGACGGUGCCACGUUGAAAGUCACUGAGCUCUUCAGUACGGGCCAUUCUUCUGCCAAUGUUUGUCUGUGGAGAUUGCAUAGCUCCGUGCUCGAUUUUAUACACCUGUCAGCAACGGGUGUGGCUUAAAUAGCUGAAUCCACUAAUUUGAAGGGGGUGUCCACAUACUUUUGUAGUGUAAAUCAGUUUGUAAAUAUGUCAUUCUUAAUUAGUAAAAAAGCUGAAGAACAUACGCACAUCCAGGUGCUGACGUUGUAGGUGAGUUCAUGGAUGCUUGAUGAAGACCUAAUGGUUGAAACGUAAUAAUAAAAUCACCUGGGAGCAUGAGCAGCAGUGUGCAGCGUUUUCCUUUUUAUUUUCCAUUCUUAAUGAGUGCCAUGUUGGUACCAAAAGUUUCAAGACAACAUUGCACUGUCGUAAGAAUGAGAAUAUUAAUAUCAUUGUUUGUCGGACAUUUGGCGUCAACAUGGAGAUACAGACACAUCUACCAAAUACCUGAUCUCCCUCCCUCCCUCUCCUCCAGGUGUCCAGUCACAUCCAGGUGCUAGCGCGACGGAAGGCCCGGGAGAUCCAGGUGAAGCUGAAGGUACGCUACGUGAGUCUCCCCCGUUUUUGGAUCUUAAACUGUUGCGCUGCAUUAUGGGUUUGCUCAAUAUAGUAAUGGAAUGGGUAGAAAAACAAAUCAAACAGGUUCUUGGGUUUACUCCAGAGUGGCGCAGUGGUCUAAGGCACUGCAUCGCAAUGCUAGCUGUGCCACUAGAGAUCCUGGUUCGAGUCCAGGCUCUGUCGCAGCCGGCCGCGACCGGGAGACCCAUUGACGGUGCACAAUUGGUCCAGCGUCGUCCAAGGUAGGGGAGGGUUUGGCCGGCAGGGAUGUGGGUUCGUUUCCCACGGGGGGCCAGUAUGAAAAAAACUAAAAAAAUAAACAUGUAUGCAUUCACUAACUGUAAGUCGCUCUGGAUAAGAGCGUCUGCUAAAUGAUUAAAAUGUACAUGUAAAUUCUGCAAGAUCUACGUGGAUCUGCCAAUAUGGAGGCGCAAUUCAACCUUUUACGAUUGCAUUUAGAACAAAACACAUCCAAAUUCCAAUCCUCCUCACCAAUGUAUGUCGGGCCACAUACCAUUGUAGGGACCUUGCUUUCAAUGGGAAUGUCUCAAUGUCUACCAUUCUACCCAUUCCAAUUCUAUGACUGCUAAAGCACUAGCUAUGCAGGUUAUUUGGAGUACCAUGCUGUUGGCUGAUGUUUUUAAGGUGGGAAGUUAAAAUGGAGGGUUGUUGGGGAGGCUGUGGUGGUGCUUGGCUGUAGCCAUGAUGUUGUUCCUGUAAAACCACAGAGCUGAGAUCAUCAGGAAAGCUUCCUAUGGUCUUCAUGUACCUUAACCCAUGUUAUUGUCUUCUCAUUUUGACGUUUGAUUCCAUGAAAAAAUUACGAAAUAUACCAUGGCCUUUAUCCAUUAAUCCGAUAUGGAAUUUCUAAUGGAUUCCCAUUCCUACAUUUCAGUGAAAACAAUAUGGCGAGACAAAACAAUGAGAAACCGAGAGAGUGGAUUGUAUUUAAUAGCACCCCCUUCAUUUGUAUGAGUGUUUUAUGGAAUGCUCAGUACAGAUGAUGCAUCUCUACAAAUCACCACAGUCAAUUUAAAUAUGCUCCAGCAUUCCUGGCUUGAGGCUUGCUGUGCACAAUAUGAACAAAUGCAUUUGUCAGGAUAUAAAUUAAUGUUUGUAUUGUUCCUUCCAGGCAUUUCAUUUGGUAAGUAUUUCAAUAAAAGUGUUCCUGUUUGGUGGGUGAAAGCUUUUCCCCUGAGCUUGCGUGUUUACGUUUCUCACCACAGACACACACGCAUGCAUGCAAGCACGCGCCCACACACACGCACACCAACUGACACAGCUCUCUGUCACCCUGGACGGCGGCCACUGGGCCUCAGCUGGCAAGGCCCGGCAUUGGUCACAAGCCUCUGACAGCCCUUUUAAAUAGGUCUUUCUUGUAACUGAGAACAUUACCAGAUGUACUCCCCAUAUUUCAGCUAUGCCCUUGUGUUGGCCGGUUCUGGGGAAAAAGAAUGUGCCGGUUGGCCUUGCAUUAAAGGGUUGGGCUGAGAGUGUUUGUAGUCCCAGAUGAGUUGGAAACUGCUGAAGUAAACAUGAUGGACACGCACAGAACAAUAACACUUUACCAUAGACACUAGACAGGAAUGACUCUGCCGUUUCUGGUAGCCACCGUGUCACCUUCUUAUCGUUAACAUUUAGCCGUGAACUAGCUUGAUUAGCAUUAGCAUGGAGCUAGCCCUCUGAUGUGCCCGGCCCAGCUCCCACUGUGACCUCUAGCAGAGACAUAGACUGCUUGUCAACACUUCCGGCCUCUGCCAAGGCAAUAAACCUUACUUUCGACUCCAGAGCCCUUGACUGCAAUAUCACCCAGCAUCCCAGCCCAGCGCCGGAUGAUGCAACCUUUCUUUCACCCCUCUUUUCCCACCCAACUAACAACAUAGUGGGGCUAGUGUUCCCAGGAAAACAGGUCGCUGACUAAAGUGGAAAGCGUGUGUGUCUGACCCCUGGGGCCUGCUGUGUGUGUCUGCAGGACCAGGCUGCCAAAGACAAGGCCCUCCAGAGCAUGGCCACCAUGUCCUCUGCCCAGAUCAUCUCCGCCACCGCCUUUCAGAACAAGAUGGCUCUGCAGGGGCUGUCCAGGCCGCCGUACCCCACUGCCGGGGGGGUGAGAAGAGUGCAUGGACAAACACACACACACACCCUGUCCUUGGGCAACACUGAGGGUCACAUAUAGAAGGAGAGGUGGUGUCAUGUAGUGUGUGUAAUAAAAUAUGUUUUCUUUUCUCCAGUUUUGGCAUGGCGGUCUUCCAGGACAGCCUAGGGGUCCUGAAGAGUAAGUUACAACCCUGUGUGCGUGCCUGCCUGUCUGUCUGUCCUUCUGUUUGUCAAAAGGCAUAGGCCUACUUCAAUGGAAUACAUGGAAAUCACAAUCCGUCAACACUGAAUAUGACAGAGAAACAUCUUAACAUGUUUAUUUAAAAAGCACUUUAGUUGAUGAAGCUGAGCCCCCAGUGUGUUUAAGCGUCAGCCAAUUAGGUGUGUGUGUGUGUGCGAGGGGUCAGGUGGGUGAGGGUGUAAUGUGUCUACUGCCUGUCUUGUCUCUCCAGUAUUAAGCCCUUUUCCCAGCAGAGUUACGCCAUGCAAGCGUCCAGCCUGCCCCCCAUAACAGGUGGGUUUUCUCAGCUUCCCUCACAUCCCCAUGUGUCGACAGAUGCUGUCACGGUCUACAAGUGAUGAAAUACACAAGAUACUGAUGAAGAGCUCCAACAAAGCUCAGAGAAACAGACAGAAUGUAACAACAUUUUAAAAAAAACUUAUUCUUCACCAGGCUAUGAGAGCACGGCAGGCCUGUCCAUGUCGCCGGGUACCCCCCCGUGGCAGGGGCGCAGUAUCGCCAGCUCCAAGCUUCGCAUGCUGGAGUUCUCCGCUUUCCUGGAGCAGCCUCAGGACCCAGAGACCGUGAGUAGUCACUUAGUAGCCCCUCGCCCUGCCUGAUAAGCCUCUACAUCCAUAUUCAUCUCACGUAGGCUGCGUUGACACAGACAAUUAGUGGGAAAAAAAUCAGAAUUGGGCUGCCUUUUUAAAUGCAGCCUUAGUUAAUACGACACUGCAAAUUAAUAAGCAACAUUUCAGUUCUCAUCAAUGUAAAAGAGUGCGACAAAAAGCUUUAAAUAAAUAUCUAUGCUCACUUUCAUCCAACAAGCCUUUUUCUAAAGGUGUUACUUCCUUCCUCAGGCCAUGACUGCAUCUUGACCAUGAACUGAAGCAGCGCUCUGAUAGUAAUCAACAUCUCUCUCUCCACUUUGUUUUGCAGUUUAACAAGCACCUGUUUGUGCACAUCGGUCAGUCCAACCCCACCUUCAGUGACCCUUACCUGGAGGCAGUGGACAUCCGGCAGAUCUACGACAAGUUCCCUGAGAAGAAGGGAGGGAUGAAGGAGUUGUUUGAGAAGGGGCCGCCCAACGCUUUCUUC